AUGUCCACGGGAUCCGGCGAGCACCUCACAGAAAAGGCUGCAGCACACAAGGCAUCCUCCUCCUCGGAGGAUCUCCCUUAUUCGGCCAAGGAAACGGAGUACAAUGAUGACAAUGAUGAUGGCUUUGACGAGUACGAUGAGGAGCAUGGUCACGCUGCCGAGAAACGCGUCCGGUUCUACAAGACCAAGCGUUUCUGGAUCCGGUGCCUUGUCAUCCUCGUCAUCCUCCUUGCCAUUCUCAUCCCCCUUAUCAUCUUUGUUAUCCUCCCCAAACUGGUUCAGUCCAUCGUCAACCACUCUGAGAUGUCGAUGAACCAGCUCAACAUGACUGAUACCUCUGAGACCAGUAUGAAGGUCUCCCUUACCGGAGGCAUCUCCAAUGCCGGUAUCUUCCCAGCCACGAUCGAGUUCCCCGAGCCCAUCAUUGUCUCGUGGGAGGGCCACCAGCUCGGCAGCAUGAAGAUGUCUGCCGUUAAGGCCUCUGGCGGCAGUGCCGCCAUUGUCGACUCUACUACCUUCACCAUCAUCGACAAGGAGGCCUUUGGCACUUUUGCCAAGGAGAUGUUGUCGAUCGAGAACUUCACCUGGACCUUGACCUCCACCGUCCAGGUCCACGCCAUCGGCCGUGUCAUUAAGGACAUCAAACUCACCAAAGAGCUCAAGAUGCUCGGCAUGAACGGCUUCGGCAAGGUCACCAUCGACUCCUUCACCAUGCCCGGUGAUGCCCCCAACAACGGCGGUGCCUACGUCCGCCUCGUCACCUCCAUGAACAACCCCUCGCCCAUUGGUAUGGUCCUCGGAACAAUGGUUCUCGACAUGUUUUAUCAGGGCACUUUCCUCGGACAGGUCACCGCCCAGAACGCUGUCCUUGUCGGUGGCUCACCCUCUCCUUUGGUUCUCGAGGGUAUCCUCGUCCGCCAGACCAACCAGACCGACCUCGACAACGUCUCCGUCUUGAUGUCCAACUUCUUGGGCGGUAAGGUCACCAUGACUAGCGCCAAGGGUGUCUCUGUCAAGCCCGACGGUGUCACUGCUGUCUCCUGGUUGAGCAACGGUUUGAUGGCUCUCACCCUCAGCGUCCCUCUCGUGUCCCCCAUUCCCUUGAACGUCAUUAGUGACAUCAACAUCAAGGAUAUGGGCAUGGUCUUCAACCCUGCCAACCCCUAUGCCCCCACUGCCAGCUCCAACACCGUCACCGCCGGUUUCAAGCUUCCCUUCAAUAUCACCGUCGGUAUGACGAACGUCAGCAACACCAUGUCCAUCCACUAUAAGGGCAAGACUCUCGCCAACAUUGAUACUGCCGUCUGGGCAGAGGCUCGCUCAGACAUUGCUGCUGGUAUCAUCACCUUUGGCUUACCCCCUUCGCCUCUCGUCGUCCAGGAAGAUGCCAAGGAGGAGUUUGGCCAGUUCAUCGCCGACUUGACCGUUAAACAGGAGCAGAGCUUUGCCGUCUCUGGUCUUGCAAGCGCCAUCUCGACCACUCCUAUUGGCACCGUCAAAUUGACUGGCAUCCCAUUCAACUCGAACGUUACCAUGGCCGGUCUCAACUUUAACGCUAUCGAUGCCGCCGUCACAAACGUUGUUGUCAGCGGAGGAAACGAGGACCACAUCAUCAUGAACCAGACUGUGUCCCUCCCCAACGCCUCCAACUUGACCGUAUCUGGAGGCAGCGUUCUCUUGACCGUCUACGACAAGGUCACUGACCAGUACCUCGGAGAACUUUCCAUCCCCAACUUGAACGUCGUCCCCGGCGCCAACCCCACGCCUACCAAUUUCCUCUUCCACCCCAAAAACGCUACCCUCCGCGACCAAUUCUUGAGCGAGUACCUUACUGGCGUUGUCUUCCCUCUCAAGGUUGUUGGCACCAAGGAGUCGACCGCUACUGUUGAGUUGCAGCAGGCCAUGUCCCAGGUUACCAUCUCGUCCUCCGUUCCCGGAAUGAUGCCACCACCCAACCUGGUUGUCUCUGGCACAGCCGUCUCGAACAUUGGCACCUUGGUCGGCAACCGUCAGACCAUCACCACUGUCAACAUGAUCAACCCUUUGGCCACCGACCUCUACAUCAGUGGGCAGGUUACCCAGGUCACCUGGAAGGGUAACUUCUUUGGCACCAUCGAUGCCAAGUACGAGCAAGUCGUCCCUGCCAAGGGUAGUGCCAGCACCCCUUCGCUGAUCUUGCAGCACCCCUCUGGUCUCGACUUUGGUCUCUUCUUGACAACACAGUUCGUCACCUCGUACCCCCUGAUUGCUUUUGGUGGCGCUAUGGUUCCUUUUGACUUGGAUGUUUUGAUGAGUGUCCGUGUUGGAGGUCCAAACGGAUACCCUGCUACCAUCCACUACAGGCAGACCCAGGAGAUUCUUACCAAGAUGUCUCUGUUCUAA